AAAUAAAAAAUAAAGAUCUGUAAUAGGGAAAAGUAAAGCUGGUCAGCACUGUCCUCUUGAGAUGUUUCUCGGCAAACACGGGCUAAAAAAAGAAGAAAACGCAGAGCACUUUGACAAACGCUUUUCAUCAAUCAGUCUAUCUAUCUAUCAUCCUCGCACACUCGAACAUGAUCAUCGAUCAAGCACCUUUUUCUUGACUUUCUCUCUCUAUUCAUCUUUGCUGCUUUCUGGUAGAUAAUUGAUGAGAGAGAACAUUUGAUGAGGAACAAUUGAAAGAGGGGAUUUUUUUUCGUUUCAUGGGCAACACAUGCCGUGGAUCUUUCGGAGGAAAAGAUUUACAGGGCUACAAUCAGCCCCAAGAACAGUUCAUUUCCAAGCGCAAUACUUCUUCUAGGAAUUCUAAACAUUCUAAUCACUCAUCUACCACCUCAUCUACGACCUUCGAUUCUCAACAAAUAGUUUCUCAAGAAUUCUCCAAGGAUAACAACAACCCUAAGAAGGACAACAAUUAUUCCCCUGUUAAUCCACCAAAAGAGACCAUCAUGAGCCGUAGGAGUGAAAACCCUUAUUAUGUAUUGGGUCACAAGACCCCUAACAUUCGUGAUCUGUAUACAUUGGGUCGUAAAUUAGGGCAAGGACAAUUUGGCACUACUCAUUUGUGCACUGAGAAUUCUACGGGUAUUGAUUACGCUUGUAAAUCUAUUUCCAAGAGGAAGUUGAUUUCGAAGGAAGAUGUGGAGGAUGUUAGGAGGGAGAUUCAGAUAAUGCACCAUUUGGCGGGUCACAAGAAUAUUGUGACGAUUAAGGGUGCCUAUGAGGACACUUUGUAUGUUCACAUUGUGAUGGAACUUUGUGCCGGGGGUGAAUUGUUUGACCGGAUUAUUCAUAGGGGGCAUUACAGCGAGAGAAAGGCAGCUGAAUUGACCAAGAUUAUUGUAGGAGUUGUUGAGGCGUGCCAUUCUCUUGGGGUUAUGCAUAGAGAUCUAAAGCCUGAGAAUUUCUUGCUGGUUAACAAGGAUGAUGAUUUCUCCCUCAAAGCCAUUGAUUUUGGAUUGUCAGUUUUCUUCAAGCCAGGUCAGGUUUUCACUGAUGUGGUUGGAAGCCCAUAUUAUGUUGCUCCUGAGGUGCUUUUGAAGCAUUAUGGGCCAGAAGCAGAUGUGUGGACAGCGGGGGUCAUACUCUACAUAUUGCUAAGUGGUGUGCCACCCUUUUGGGCCGAAACACAACAGGGGAUAUUUGAUGCUGUUUUGAAGGGUCACAUUGAUUUCGAUUCAGACCCCUGGCCCCUAAUAUCUGACAGUGCAAAAGAUUUAAUUCGGAAUAUGUUACGCUCUCGACCUUCAGAACGGUUUACUGCUCAUGAAGUUUUAAGUCAUCCUUGGAUUUGUGAAAAUGGAGUUGCUCCUGACAGAUCACUGGAUCCAGCUGUACUUUCUCGUCUCAAACAGUUUUCUGCAAUGAACAAGUUAAAGAAGAUGGCUUUACGGGUAAUAGCUGAAAGCCUCUCAGAGGAAGAGAUUGCUGGUUUGAAAGAGAUGUUUCAGGCAAUGGAUACUGACAACAGCGGUGCAAUCACAUUUGAUGAACUUAAAGCUGGUUUGAGAAGAUAUGGUUCUACAUUAAAGGAUACAGAGAUACGUGACCUUAUGGAAGCGGCUGAUGUGGACAACAGUGGGACCAUUGACUAUGGUGAAUUCAUAGCCGCAACUAUUCAUCUUAACAAACUAGAACGUGAAGAACAUCUCAUGGCAGCAUUUCAAUAUUUUGACAAGGAUGGAAGCGGUUAUAUAACAGUUGAUGAGCUCCAGCAAGCUUGGGCAGAACAUAACAUGACUGAUGUUUUCCUUGAAGAUAUCAUCAAAGAAGUUGAUCAAGAUAAUGUAAGUUAUCAUUACUUUAUCAUCAAAGAAGUUGAUCAAGAUAAUGAUGGAAGAAUUGAUUAUGGGGAAUUUGUCGCCAUGAUGCAAGGCAAUAAUGCAGGAAUUGGAAGACGGACUAUGCGGAACAGUCUGAAUAUAAGCAUGCGAGAUGCACCAGGAGCUAAAUAGGCACAUCAUGUACAGGUUAAACAGCAAAGCUAGAAAGGAAGUCCAAUGAUUAUUAAGCUUGAAGGGUACAAUUUCCGAUCCAUCCUCGAUUUAUCUCCUUGUACAACAUGUCACGCAAAAUUUGGAUUACCGAAGGUUAAUUUGGCAGCAUUUAUAGGUCCUGCUUUAGUGUUUUUGCUGCAUAACUCAAUUGUGUUGUAAGCUUUCAAAACUAAAGUGCGAGUGUUUACAGCCAUUCAAGUUGCUAAGUUUUUGUUUUUUGUUUUUUAUUUAUUUAUUUAUUCUGCGGUAUUCUUUACUUGGGACUUUGUGCUUAUUUUUAAGGAAGAAGAAAGUUAAUCUUCAAUAUUUUCCCA